CUCGUACCUCAUAGCCGUACCGUUCAUCGCUAUGACCAUGCUGUGCACCACUAUGGCGUGCCGUGCCCCCACACCAAAAAUAGCUGCCGCGCGGCCGCCUGGUGUAUCGGCAGGAAAGGGCCAUGCUUUGCGCCUUCGCAGUAGCCGAUGCCCAAAGCGUGGUCUCUGCGAAUAACAUCAACGGGAGGGCAAAAUCAUAGUCUGUCUCUCCGGCCGCGCGAAGCCUCCGAUGACGAGACAGAGCUCGGCAUCGUGCCGUUUGAGCGCCGGGUUGACAUUCCAGUGUCACUCAAAGGGCAAGGGCCUUUGCCGUGGCUGUCCAGUAUCUCUUUGAUCCCCCAAGUCAUGGCUUCACUAUCAGCGAUGGCUGGCUCACCGGCAGACUACCGGCGGCUAGAUGAGGACCGUGUUGCUAAGCCAGGACCGCCAGGCAUGCGGUGCAUCUUCUUUCAGAGCGCCAUCACCUUCCCAGAAUGUCUUGCAGCUGAAAGUGACCUCUCUGAUUGCACGUCGGAUGGGCUCGAUACCAGGGCCGGAACCACCGCGUAUAGCGCAACAUACGGCAGCCGGACGUGUCCCUUGCUUGCGACAGCUAGAGCAACGAUUGUUUGGUCCUAUCGUUCUCUCAUGGGCUGCAUGGUCAACACCUGCACAUGGGGCAAGGCUUGCGGGGUAGUUGUGGCAGUGGCUUGCUCACUGUUGCAACGAUGCCGACCGCCUCUGCGACUGGUCAAUGCCCCUGAUUCGGCACGUCAAGCACUCUACGCACGCCAGCUGCCAAUGCCCGCUGUAUGCCGAGAUCUGGUCGUGUGAAUUGGCUGAGCGGAAGGGCCCGUUGGACGUGUGGCGUGGGCGGGGCCGAUGCAGGCGCGGAAACGCAGGGCGUGGCUGAUCUUCGGCACAGCCGCUGAGCAUCGGGAUCACGGCGACCUGCCGGCGGCGGACGGCCGACAGGCGAGGCCCUUCGACGGCAGAACCCUUUCCUUGGGGCUCCUUCCCCUUUCCUCAAUCUCUCAUGAAUCACUGCUUCCACUUUGCCUUUCUCCUUCUGUUCCUUUUAGUCUUUCU